GCACACCACAAACCCAUCAAGCAAGUAUCUUCAUCUAAUAAAUAUAUUGCUUACUAUCAUUAGCUCACUAUGGCUGCCGCUACUGCUAUUUUUCUCAUCAAAGUCCUCAUGUUUGCAUAUUUAACUGCAGCAGCUUCUACUGCUAGCAAUUUCUACCAGAACUUUGACCUCACUUGGGGUGAUGGUCGUGCCAAAAUUCUAAAUAAUGGCCAGCUCCUCAAGCUCUCCCUUGACAAAGCCUCUGGCUCUGGUUUCCAAUCAAAGAACCAAUAUCUCUUUGGGAAGAUUGACAUGAAAAUCAAGCUUGUCCCAGGGAACUCUGCUGGCACUGUGACUGCCUAUUACUUAUCUUCCCAAGGACUUACCCAUGAUGAGGUAGACUUCGAAUUUCUAGGUAACGUCACCGGUCAGCCUUACACACUCCACACAAACGUUUUCACUCAAAGGAAAGGUGGUCGAGAGCAACAAUUCCGCCUCUGGUUUGACCCAACUACCGACUUUCACACCUAUUCCGUUCUCUGGAAUCCCCGAAGAAUCAUAUUUUCUGUGGAUGGUACACCCAUCAGAGAAUUUAAGAACAUGGAAUCUAUUGGAGUCCCGUUCCCAAAGAGCCAGGCCAUGAGGAUAUACUCAAGCCUCUGGGAUGCCGAAGACUGGGCAACACAAGGUGGCCGGAUCAAGACAGACUGGACCAAGGCUCCGUUUACAGCUUCUUACAGAAACUUCUAUGCCAAUGCAUGUGUUUGGUCCAACGGCAGAUCUUCAUGUCAUGGAUCCGGCUCAAAAUUUGCUUGGAUGAACCAACAGUUAGAUACCACAGGUCAGCAGAGGCUGCAAUGGGUGCAGAAAAACUUCAGGAUUUACAAUUACUGCACUGAUACACAAAGGUUCCCUCAGGGUCUUCCCAAGGAAUGCACAGUUACCAAUUAAAGUUCUAAGCUAUGUAAAAUACUCCAUACUCUGCGCAUUUAGCUAGUGUAAUUUUUUCUGUGUAUUUGUUUUUUGUACAAUAUGUCUCACACAUAAGAAAUAGGUUUUUAUACUUCGCAAUAUUUUGUAUACAUACAGUAAUGAACCUUGUAACAGCUCUCAAGCUCUGUAUAAGUAAUUAGAUUAUUUUCGUGCAACAAAGUAUCUCAAAUGUCAGAAUUUGUAAGAACCAAAAACUCAAAAAGUAACUUGCUGUCUGCA